AUGCAGACCUUCAGGCAUUCUUAUGGAAUGCUAAUCCCGUAUUGGUCUCUCAUGUUCCUCUUUACCGUAUACACAGCGACAACAUCAGCUACGACGACAGCGGAUCCCUUGGCGUACCGGAACAUCAACGGUACAUACCAAGCAUUUGGUUCGGCAAACGUGACUACCCUGCUCGACUUUAUCAAUGCUCGAUCCGAUUUGAGCUCACUAGCAUCCGCGUUGAACGUCUGUGGUGGAUUUACAGAGGCUUUCAGCACUGACGCGACAUGGGACUAUACCUUCUUCGCACCUAACAAUGAUGCAUUUGAGCAAUAUACCGGGAGAUAUUUUCAGGACAAUGCUGAGACUCCGAAAGGCAAGUGGUGGAUGGGUAACACGAUCAUUCAUCAUUACGUGCCAAAUACAGCCCUAGAUCUAUCUGCUUUCAGCAGUACGUAUCAGAGGUUCCAGACUGCCACCUAUCUCUAUGUUGGAGCCCAGAUUGUCGAUGGUGAUCUCACACUCAACCAAGUGGCCAAAGUAGUCGAGGGUGAUUUCCAUGUUUCUAAGGAUCCUGGAUCCUUCGGCGCAAAUAUUUAA